ACGCCCCGCCAUGCCCCGCGCGGGGUCUCCUCCUCCUCAACAGCCGCCGACAUGAUCCUCGGCGUCAGCAGGUGUCUGCGCGUGGCGCACCUCGUCUGCUGCGGGGCCAUCAUCGUGCUGGCCAGCGUGAUGGUGCCGCUGUGCGUGCUGCUGUGGGACACCUUCAGCGUGCUGUCCGAGCUGCUGUACAGCCAGGUGGCGCUGCUGCCCGCCGCCACGGGCGUCGUCUCGCUGGCGCUGUUCGUCUUCUCCCUCGUCGGCAUCUGGGCGGCCGCCGCGGGCAGCGUCGCCGCCUUCAGGCUCUACACAUCCUCGCUGUUGGUGGUGUUGCUGGGCAAGUUGCUGUGGCUGACCAUGUCUGCGAGCAUCCAACUGGACUUCAUCGCCGCCUUGGAGUUGGCCUUCGACUGGUACAUGGAGCGUUAUCAGUUCCAGCCGUCUGUCAUGGACCGUCUCCAGUGGCGGUUGGCAUGCUGUGGCAAGGACUCUCCGGCCGACUGGUUCAAUCUGACGGGCUACAUCCCAGCUUCCUGUUGCCACAAAAUCACCGACGCACAUCAGUUCGCGCGGUGCAUGGUUCCUGAGCAGCUGUACAUGGUCCCUCCCGUGGGUUGCCUCCGAGUCAUUAAGGAAAUGCCCCGGGAGUACUACUCCAUCCUGCAGGUCAUGUUCCAUGCCUCAUCAGUCAUUUUGGUGGUCAGUCUGUGUGUGUCCUACUACAUGGGCAAGGCAUGCAGCCGCUACGAGAAGGAAAGUUUCCUUCUGAAGAAGAACGUUAUUGAAGGUCACAGUGCGUACGAGUCCGAGGACAAUUCUGCGUACACGCUACUGAAAAUAAAUUUUUUUCCCUCAAAAAACGUUGAAAAACGUGAUUUAAAACGACCUUUGUUGAGAACAGAGACAAAAAAACAAAGCGUUAAGAGUAUCAAGUAAAAAAAAAUCUUUUUCCAGACGCUGUUUAUAGAACAGGUCACGAACGUUGUUCCCGUAAAGUUAGACUGCGUCCUUUACUGAUGCAGCCUUAGCCAAAUGAUCCUUUGAGGUAAAGGCUUCAUUUAUUGAGAAGCUGGUCGUGAAAGAAUGUUCGAAUUCUUUCGGCGCGAAACACAACGUAGUGUACAAAAAAUAUUAUUUUCGGUGUUUUUUUUUUAAGCUAUCCUAUGCAUUUUAUUUAUAAGCAAUUUUUGCAUUCUAUACAUGUUCCAAGUUAAUCUACAACAUUGAGAGGCUGUUAAUAGUGGAUCGGUCUGUAUUGGCUAAAGCAGUACAAGCAAUUUCUUUACAGUUUUUUUAAAUUGUCCCAAAAUAAAUUUAUGGAUAGUUUUUACCAUCGACACCAAAAUUCCAUACAGAUACACCAAUAAAACCGACAUAUUAAAAGACAACAAGCCACAAAAGGGAAAUGGUAAUUUUGUAACUAUUUAUCGGAGGAACAUGUGAGGAAAUAUACAAGAAAUAAGAACGUGUACUGCGCGUAAGGUUCAAUGUGUCUCAAAGGAUUGUAAUAGAAAUACCUUUCAAGUGUGCAUUGACUACACAGAUAAUAACAGUGAAGAUAAACGAACUGAUAUUAAGUCAUAAUAAUGUGAUGUAUCGAUAUGAUUGAGUACGAAUAAAAUUUGAAACACCUAA